GUUGUUUACGUGUCCCCAGCGCUCGGGAAAAGCCGCCGGGAGUUCUUCACCUGGCCCAUCCGCAACGUGCCGGCAGAGCACCGACAGCCCUCCCGCAGCUCGGCCAGGCGGCGUCGCGACGGGAGCUGCCAUUUCCCGAGCGGUUCGGAGACAGCUGGAAGCUAGGAGGAGGGGAAGCAAGACGAGGGAGCCGCAGUCCUCGGCGAGAGAGGCAGGCCCCGGCCGGGGAUCUCGGAAACCCUGCGGUUCAUCAUGAAGUUCCAGUAUAAGGAAGACCAUCCCUUUGAGUAUCGGAAAAAGGAAGGAGAAAAGAUCCGGAAGAAAUAUCCGGACAGGGUCCCUGUGAUCGUGGAGAAGGCUCCUAAGGCCAGGGUGCCUGACCUGGACAAGAGGAAGUAUCUAGUGCCCUCUGACCUCACUGUUGGCCAGUUCUACUUCUUAAUCCGGAAGAGGAUCCACCUGCGACCUGAGGACGCCUUAUUCUUCUUUGUCAACAACACUAUCCCUCCCACGAGCGCUACCAUGGGCCAGCUGUAUGAGGACAACCAUGAGGAAGACUACUUCCUGUACGUGGCCUACAGUGAUGAGAGUGUGUAUGGGAAGUGAGUGGUGGAGGCCCGCAGACGGGAGCACCUGGACUCGGGGGUGGGGGGUGUGUGGGACGGGGGACGAGAAGGCGGGGCUCCCACAUGGAGGAGACAGAAGGCCAAGACCUCUGGAAACACUGCACCGCAUACACCGUCAUCAUAGUUUCACCUGCUCAAUUGAUGUUUUUUGCUGCUUCCUCGGCCCAGGGAGAAAGCACGUCAGGACAGAGCUGAUGGAUUAGCUUUGCUCGAGGAAUGGAGAUGAUAUUGUUUCACAGCAUCGGUGUGAAUUAAUUUUUGCGUGAUUUUUUUUUUUUUUUUUUUUUGUCAUAGAAGAGUUAGGAAGUGGGCAAGUUGGGACCAGAGAUGAUUGUGGACCAGCAUCGACUUCCAGCUCGCCCAUCUCUGGGCAGAAAUCCUCUUGGACAUUUGCACAAGGCAGUUGCAGGGAGGGGGUAGGAAUGUUUUAGGAGUACUGGUAGUGGACCAUUCCUGGGGACCAAAAGAGAUACCUUGUCAUUAAAACAUUGUGCCCCAUCUCUCCUGUCUUCACAACUCCCCCUCUCCCCACCCUCUCUCACACCCAGUCAUAAUCUCACACAGACAUCACAGCACCACCUCAGUGGUGACAGAUGUCAGACAGAAAUUUAGAUGGAGCUCUCUUACUUCUGGAAAGUGGGGGCCAGGCAUGAAGGACACUGAUGAUGAAGAUGGUUUUGAUAGCAUUAACUGGAAUUGAAGUAUUGAACAUCUCUGCCUAACCUGCUCUCUCUCUGGUGUCCCUUAUCCCACACCUCCCUUGGCCUCAGCUGUGUCCAGUCACAGGCUCAGCGACGUCCUCCCUCCCUGCUGUCCCUUCCGUCUCACGCACAGAAACGCUAAGUGAUGGCCAGCUGCUUCCCUCCUGGGGUCUUCAUUUACUGCAGCUGCUAGUAGAGAAGUUUGAGGCGAUGACUUUUAGUAAUUCGUGGGGAUUCUGUUGAUUCUGAUUAUUUUCACUUUCGGGGUUGUUAUGGGUGGCGGGGGGAGAGCAGGAGUUUCACUCAGACAUGACAUUUCAGUUCAUCUCUGCUAAUGAAAAGGGUCCGUCCCCCGAUGGGGGGAUUUGUGUGUCGAUUCUGUCAGCUGCAGGUUCUUGUGUCAUGAAAUUGACGCUGUCAGGCAAAGGAAAUAAAGUAAUUGUGUACUUAAAAACCCACUGAGUUCGUAACUUGC